ACAAGUUUUUUUUGUUGCUAAAAUCCAGUGUCAAAGGUUGGACUAGGGCUAGAAGCAGUAGAAAUGAUAGACCAUGUUGUAAAUCAUCACGUUAGACAAAAAAAUUUAAAUUAAGUAGAUAGAUGCUCCGCCCGCGCCCAGGUAGUCGUGCUCUUUCUGGAGACGCAUUUACGCUUGCCGCAUCAAAAUCCACACACAUCUUUGCCACAGAGGAAGAGACUUACUCCCACUUGUUGCGUACAUGUGGCCAAACCUCUAACUUACCCCAUGGCAGAGCAAUUCAUGCAAAACUCAUCAAGGGCUCUCUGCCCUUUUCGCCUUUUCUUCAAAAUCAUUUACUCAACAUGUAUGCUAAAUGUGGCGAUCUUAGCAAUGGUCUCCAACUGUUUGAUGAAAUGCCUCACAAAAAUGUUGUGUCGUGGUCUGCGGUUAUUACGGGCUUUGUCCAACAUGGCUGUCCUAAAGAAGCCCUAUCUUUGUUUGGUCGUAUGCACCAGGAUAGCACGACCAAGCCCAAUGAGUUUACCUUGGUUAGCGCGCUCCACGCAUGUUCCUUGUAUGGCAAUCUGACUCAAGCUUACCAAGUUUACGCAUUCAUAGUUCGCCUAGGAUUCCAGUGGAAUGCUUUCCUGAUGAAUGCAUUCUUGACUGUUUUAGUAAGACAGGGGGAAUUAACAGAGGCUUUGGAAGUGUUUGAGAAUUGCCCCAAUAAAGAUAUUGUGUCUUGGAAUGCUAUCAUGGCUGGCUACUUGCAGUGUUCUUAUUUGGAAAUACCAAACUUCUGGUGUCGUAUGAAUCGCGAGGGAGUGAAACCCGACGGCUACACAUUUUCGAGUGUUCUCACUGGGUUGGCUGCUCUCACUGAUCUUAAAAUGGGUGUCCAGGUUCAUGCACAGCUUGUCAGGUGUGGUCAUGGGGCUGAGAUGUGUGUGGGGAACUCUUUGGCUGAUAUGUACAUUAAAAAUCAUAAGUUAGUGGAUGGCUUCAAAGCCUUUGAUGAGAUGCCUUCAAAAGAUGUGUGUUCAUGGACCCAAAUGGCUGCCGGGUGCCUCCAAUGUGGGGAACCAAGCAAAACGCUUGAGAUUAUUGCUCAAAUGAAGACAGUGGGUAUAAAGCCAAACAAGUUCACACUUGCAACUGCCCUGAAUGCCUGUGCCAAUUUGGCUUCCUUGGAUGAAGGGAAGAAAUUCCAUGGCUUGAGAAUUAAACUCGAAACUAGUACUGAUGUUGAUGUGUGCGUGGAUAACGCUCUGCUAGACAUGUAUGCAAAAUCUGGAUGCAUGGAGGGUGCAUGGUGUGUUUUUCAGUCAAUGAAGGAUCGUUCUGUGGUGUCAUGGACCACAAUGAUCAUGGGGUGCGCACAAAAUGGGCAAGCUAGAGAAGCUCUUGACAUUUUUGAUAAGAUGAGGCUGGAGGAAGGUGUUGAGCCAAAUUACAUCACCUUCAUAUGCCUGCUUUAUGCAUGUAGCCAAGGAGGGUUUAUUCAUGAAGGAUGGAAGUAUUUUGCCUCCAUGACUCAUAACCAUGGAAUCUCCCCCGGAGAAGACCAUUAUGCAUGCAUGGUGAAUCUUCUAGGCCGAGCUGGACGUAUAAAGGAAGCUGAGCGAUUAAUCUUGAACAUGCCCUUUAAACCAGGUGUUCUGGUUUGGCAAACUUUGCUUGGUGCUUGUCAGGUUCAUGGCGAUACAGAAACUGGAAAGCGUGCAGCAGAGCAUGCAUUAGAUAUAAACAGAACAGACCCAUCAACGUAUGUAUUACUGUCAAACAUGUUUGCUGGUUUGAGCAACUGGGACAGUGCUGGGAUGCUGAGGAAACUAAUGGAGUCUAGGGAUGUAAAGAAAUUGCCUGGAUCCAGUUGGAUUGAAAUAGAAAAAGGCCACUGACCAACUCUAGCCCUCAAAAGAUUUGCUUGAAAUGCAAUGGAGUGACGGGGGACGACCAACUUUUUUUCAAUCUACUGUGAGAUCGAGUAAUGAACCAACUCUAGCCCUCAAAAGAUUAGCUUGAAAUGAAAU